CAUUGCGGAUUUGAUCCUCUCGAACACGGCCAUGGACUACAUCACAGAAUAACAUCAGAUGUUGCUAAUCUAAACUGUCUGCUUUGAGUUCUACAUAUUUGUUAGUUGUAUGUUUUAGUUUAUUUAGCUUUAUAUGAAAACACCAUGUCGGUGGCGUUUGCACCUCACAGACAACGUGGAAAGGGUGAUAUAACACCCGCUGGAAUUCAAAAGUUACUGGAUGAGAACAAUCAGCUGAUUCAAUGUAUAAUGGAUUUCCAGAGUAAAGGAAAGACCGCAGAAUGUUCACAGUACCAACAAAUGCUCCACAGAAAUUUGGUUUACCUGGCCACGAUAGCAGACUCCAAUCAGAACAUGCAGUCUCUGCUCCCUGCUAAGUGUGACUCCCCUACUCCUCCAGAGGUAAAGCUUGAACCACCCACUCAGAACAUGCCCAUGGGCCCUGGUGGGAUGAACCCGAGUGGAGCGCCUGGCCCCCAGCCCCCCCACGGACACAACAUGCCCCCGGAGGGCAUGGUCAGCGGCGGCCCCACUGCCCCACACAUGCAGAACCAGAUGAACGGACAGAUGCCUGGGCCCAAUCACAUGCCCAUGCAGGGCCCCGGGCCUGGCCCCAACCAGCCUCCCAACAUGCCCGGAAGUGGCGCCAUGAACAUGCCCCCCAGCAGCCACGGUUCCAUGGGCGGCUACAACCACGCUGUGCCCUCGUCUCAGGGCAUGCCUGCCCAGGGCCAGAUGAACAUGACCCAGGGACAGGGACCCAUGGGCAACUACGGCCCCCGGCCCAACAUGAACAUGCAGCCUAACCAAGGCCCCAUGAUGCACCAGCAGCCUCCCUCCCAGCAGUACAACAUGCCCCCUGGGGGUGGCGGGCAGCACUACCAGGGCCAGCAGAAUCCCAUGGGCAUGAUGGGUCAGGUCAACCCAGGCAACCAUGUCAUGGGGCAGAGGCCCAUGCCCCCUUACAGACCCCCACAGCAAGGACCCCCUCAGCAGUACCCAGGGCAGGAAGACUACUAUGGGGACCAGUACAGUCACGCAGGACAGGGCGCUUCAGAAGAGCGAGACCCAGCAGCCAACCAACAGUCCCCCUAUGAAAAAGAUCAUGGAAACGCCCAGUAUGGCCAGCAGCAGGAGGCCUACCAGCAAGGUCCUCAACAGCAGGGCUACCCCCCACAGCAGCAGUACCCCGGACAGCAGGGCUAUCCUGGACAGCAACAGGGUUAUGGUCCAUCCCAGGGAGCUCCAGGCCAGUACCCUCAGGGUUACCCCCAGGGCCAGGGGCAGCAGUACGGGGCCUACCGGGGCCCCCAGCCCGGCCCCCCUCAGGCCCAGCAACAACGCCCAUACCCAGGCUACGACCAGGGACACAUGAGGAAAUAAAGACCCGGGGAUUUGAACCCCUGACUAGCUCUGUAAGAAGCAAAGGGUCAAUAUGGAAAUUACCAGCAAUGAGAGAUGGUCAUGGCAGACAACAAGAGCCCUGCUCUGACCUCUAACCUCUAAACUCGGCUGCAGCUCACUGAGACACCCUCUCUCUCACACACGCACACACACGCACACACUUUGUGGUCCUUAUGUGAAAAGUGUACUUUUUGUUAAUGUGGAUAAUGAGAAUUUUGUCCACAUCCAUCAUCACUUCGCUUCUGGUCUGUGUUAGUCUCAAAGCAGCGAUGCCUUAAAAGGAAACAGAGCUGCCUUAUACAGAGCCCCGCAGAUGGUGAAAUGGGCAAAAAUAACAAGUUACAUUCAUUUUGGGGAUAUAACAGGACAGAAUUGUACAGAACUGAACUUCACACUCAUGUAGUGCAAUGUUUCUCCAUCCAAUAGCCCCCCGUUCAUAAGAAGCAAUAAGGCCAAUGAGGGGGUGGGACAGAGGCGGCGUGAGGAGAUCUUGCAUCUGAAACAAAAUUCUGUUAGGCCAUGGUACAUGUCAAGGUUAACAUGUGUGAUGUAAAAAAUCUAUUUUAUGCUUUUUAGAUUAAGCUAACUUUGUAUAAGAGUUUGGAGACUAUCGUUGAAUAUUGUUUUUGUUUUCUCUUGAACUAUGUCUAUUGAUGUCAUUUUUUUGUUGUGGUGAUGACAUUGUAUUCAUCCCCCAUUUUGUUUGUUCUUUUAUUUGUUCCCCCUGAAUUCUCUUUGCUUCUUCAGUGACUUGUACAAAGACUAUGUUCUUGGGGUGAACAAAUUGGAUGCCUUGGUUUUAUGAAUGGAUUGUACAUAGAAAGCCCUCAAAAACAAACAGAGAACACCCAUCUGCAUUGAAGCAUCAGUGCUGAAACAUGUCUUUGGGCAGCAGAAGCAGAACAUGAGUGGGGCUGAAUUUUGACUUGAGAUAUACAGUGCAUUCAGGGAAGUUAUCAGAACCCUUGACUUUUCCCACAUCUUGUUACAUUAUAGCCUUAUUCAAAAACAUAAAUUGUUUUUUCCCCCUCAUCAAUCUACACAAUGGAGAUAUCACAUUACCAUAAGUAUUAAGACCCUUUACUCAGUACUUUGUUGAAGCAUCUUUGGCAGCGAUUACAGCCUCGAGUCUUCUUGGGUAUGUACAGUGGGGCAAAAAAGUAUUUAGUCAGCCACCAAUUGUGCAAGUUCUCCCACUUAAAAAGAUGAGGCCUUUAAUUUUCAUCAUAUAUACACUUCAACUAUGACAGACAAAAUGAGGGGGGGGAAAAUCCAACAAUCACAUUGUAGGAUUUUUAAUGAAUUUAUUUGCAAAUGAUGGUGGAAAAUAAGUAUUUGGUCACCUACAAACAAGCAAGAUUUCUGGCUCUCACAGACCUGUAACUUCUUCUUUAAGAGGCUCCUCUGUCCUCCACUCGUUACCUGUAUUAAUGGCACCUGUUUGAACUUGUUAUCAGUAUAAAAGACACCUGUCCACAACCUCAAACAGUCACACUCCAAACUCCACUAUGGCCAAGACCAAAGAGCUGUCAAAGGACACUAGGAACAAAAUUGUAUACCUGCACCAGGCUGGGAAGACUGAAUCUGCAAUAGGUAAGCAGCUUGGUUUGAAGAAAUCAACUGUGGGAGCAAUUAUUAGGAAAUGGAAGACAUACAAGAUCACUGAUAAUCUCCCUUGAUCUGGGGCUCCACGCAAGAUCUCACCCCGUGGGGUCAAAAUGAUCUCAAGAAUGGUGAGCAAAAAUCCCAGAACCACACAGGGGGACCUAGUGAAUGACCUGCAGAGAGCUGGGACCAAAGUAACAAAGCCUGCCAUCAGUAACACUACGCCGCCAGGGACUCAAAUCCUGCAGUGCCAGACGUGUCUCCCUGCUUACGCCAGUACAUGUCCAGGCCCGUCUGAAGUUUGCUAGAGAGCAUUUGGAUGAUCCAGAAGAAGAUUGGGAGAAUGUCAUAUGGUCAGAUGAAACCAAAAUAAAACUUUUUGGUAAAAACUCAACUCGUCGUGUUUGGAGGACAAAGAAUGCUGAGUUGCAUCCAAAGAACACCAUACCUACUGUGAAGCAUGGGGGUGGAAAAGUCAUGCUUUGGGGCUGUUUUUCUGCAAAGGGACCAGGACGACUGAUCCGUGUAAAGGAAGGAAAGAAUGAAUGGGGCCAUGUAUUGUGAGAUUUUGAGUGAAAACCUUCCAUCAGCAAGGGCAUUGAAGAUGAAACGUGGCUGGUUCUUUCAGCAUGACAAUGAUCCCAAACACACCACCCGGGCAACAAAGGAGUGGCAACGUAAGAAGCAUUUCAAGGUCCUGGAGUGGCCUAGCCAGUCUCCAGAUCUCAACCCCAUAGAAAAUCUUUGGAGGGAGUUGAAAGUCCGUGUUGCCCAGCAACAGCCCCAAAACAUCACUGCUCUAGAGGAGAUCUGCAUGGAGGAAUGGGCCAAAAUACCAGCAACAGUGUGUGAAAACCUUGUGAAGACUUACAGAAAACGUUUGACCUCUUGUCAUUGCCAACAAAGGGUAUAUAACAAAGUGUUGAGAUAAACUUUUGUUAUUGACCAAAUACUUAUUUUCCACCGUAAUUUGCAAAUAUAUUACAAUGUGAUUUUCUGGAGAGAAAAAAUUCUAAUUUUGUCAUAGUUGAAGUGUACAGGCCUCAUCUUUUUAAGUAGGAGAACUUGCACAAUUGGUGGCUGACUAAAUACUUUUUUGCCCCACUGUAUUUGGGGAGUUUAUCCGGUUCUUUGCAGAUCCUCUCAUACGGGGAGCGUCGCUGCACAGCUAUUUUCAGGUCUCUCCAGAGAUGUUCGAUCGGGUUCAACUCCAGGCUCUGGCUGAGCCACUCAAUGACUUUGAGACCUGUCCAGAAUCCACUCCUGUCUUGUCCUUGUGCUUAGGGUCGUUGUCCUAUUGGAAGGUGAACCUUCGCCCCAGUAUUAAGGUCCUGAGCGCUCUGGAGCACGUUUUCAUCAAGGAUCUCUGUACUUUGCUCCAUUCAUCUUUCCCUCGAUCCUGAUUAGUCUACCAGUCCCUGCUGCUGAAAAAUAUCCCGACAUGAUGCUACCAGGUUUCCUCCAGACGUGACGCCAGGCAAACUCCAAACGGGCUGCCGUGCCUUUUACUGAGGAGUGGCUUCCUUCUGACCACUACCAUAAAGGCCUGCUCGGUGGAGAGCUACAGAGAUGGUUGUCCUCCUGGAACAUUCUCCCAUCUCCACAGAGGAACUCUGGAGCUCUGUCAGAAUGACCAUUGGGUUCUUCUCCCUGACCAAGGUCCUUCUCUCCCGAUUGCUCAGCUCUAUGAAGAGUCUUGGUGGUUCCAAACUUCCAUUUAAGAAUGGAGGCCACUGUGGUCUUGGGGACCUUCAAUGAUGCAGAAAUGUCUCAGAGCUCUACGGACAAUUGCUUCUAUCUUAUGGCUUGGUUUUUGCUCUGACAUGCACUUUCAACUGUGGGACCUCAUUUAGACAGGUGUGUGCCUUUCCAAAUCAUGUCCAAUCAAUUGAAUAUUCCACAGGUGGACUCCAAUCAAGUUGCAGAAACAUCUCAAUGAUGAUCAAUGGAAACAGGUUGCACCUGAGCUCAAUUUUGUGUCAGGUCGCAAAGGGUCUGAGUAGUUAUGUAAAUAGGGUAUUUCUGUAAAAAAAAAAAAAAUGUUUUUAUUAAAAACCUGUUUUUUCUUUUUAAUUAUGGGGUAUUGUGUGUAGAUUGAGUUUUUAUUUUAUUAAAUCCAUUUUAGAAUAAGGCUGUAACGUUACAAAAUGUGGAAAAGGUGAAGGUGUGUAAAUACUUUCCGGAUGCACUGUGUGUGUGUAAAACCGCGCUGAGCCCAUACUCCUAAAGUGUCUGAUUAGGAUAGCUGAUUUGCGAUCAGUUUUUCCUUUGCGAUCACACUGUGAAGGACUACAUGGACCCAAGAUCAGCACUCCUACUCUGAGACGCUUUAUGAAUAGGGCACCUGAAUGCUUGCAAUGCCCCCUGCUGCUCCUAAAGGUUAACAUUAGUAGCAUCUACACUAUCUGUUGUCAGAAUAUGGCCUUGGUGCUUCAGUGUGCUCUGUUAUUGGACAGCUGGUUAAGAGCUUUAUUCAGUUGGGCGAAAUUCCAAACAUAUGUCUUAAUGUACAUCCGACACAGAUCUCUGUUCCAUGUGAUGGAGAAUAGUGUCUGCUCGAUACAUAACAUUUUUAUUUGCAACUUUAUGAACAUUAUGUCCAUACUGAAUAUUCCCAUUAUGGGUCUGGGGGAGUGCUUUGACCACAGACUGUCCAAUCAGACUCACUCGUACAUUCAGUAUAAUCAGUCCCACAUAAGCUUCUUUCAGUCUGAUGGAGUCUUUACAAUGACGUAAGCCAUUUCCCCCCCCCCCAGAAUAAACAUGUAAUUCAAAGUGUCAUGUUGUACGUUACCACCAACCGAAUGUGAGUUAGGUACAAUAUUACAUAAAACACUCAAGAGGGUGUGUGUUGUGAGGCUUUGAGAUACAUUUCCAUUAAUGUCAUGCAGCAUCUUACGCUUGUACAGACUAGUUGUGUUAUUCUAUUAAACCUUGGGCUUGAUACACUAUUACUACAUGGACACACCAUUCACAUGUUACAGAGAAGAGAAGUAUAUCAUUGAUUUCCAGUCAGCCUCAAAGAUACUAACCUUGGUAUACGGUAGUACAUAUCUUGUAAUUAAUGUUUUGUUUUUCAUUCAGCUCCCUGUAGCCAAUAUGAUGGGGUCGCUACUGUAAGUGUCACUGUGAUGUUAAAUGGUACAGUAUGUCACUGGAAAAACUGCAACAAUAAAUUGCUAGAAUUUU